UCACUCCCAGUCAACCGCCAUGGAUGAGAUCUCAUCUCCAUCACAGCAGCAGCUGCAGCAGCUUCCCAUAAGCACCACCACGAAGACGAUCAAGGAGAAGCAGCUGACUCUGAUCCCUCUCAUCUUCCUCAUCUACUUCGAAGUCGCCGGCAAGGAACCGACCGUACAGGCCGCCAGACCUCUCUAUGCAAUCCUCGGCUUCCUCAUCUUCCCUUUCAUCUGGAGCAUCCCGGAGGCUCUCAUCACCGCCGAGCUCUCCACCGCUUACCCUGGCAACGGCGGGUUCGUCAUCUGGGCCGACCGCGCCUUUGGUUAAAUACACUUGUAUAUUAAAAAACACCGUUAAAG